AAAAUAUGAAAGCCAAGAAACAACAAGAUGAUGCAGUUCUUGAGGAAGACCUUAUUAAAAAUAAAUCUUAAUUAGUAGACAAGUAUGUAAUUAAUUAGGAUUACUUUCCAAAAUGGCAAGAAUUGAAACCGCUGGGAAAGAACAUUCAUCGUAGAUCUUAUCAUUCUUGUGUUGCAUGGGAUAAUUAGUAAUAAUAGGAAAUAUAUAAAUUAAGUAUCUAUGUAUAUGGAGGAUAUGAAACUAAUGAAGGAGUACUAGAUGAUUUGAUGAAAAUUCCAUUUCCAAAUUUAGAGAAACCUUUAACAUGGACAUAAGUUUAUAAGAAGAAUUUAAAAGAAGUAAAAGGACCAGGACCUUUAAGAAAUCAUACAGCAGUUACUUAUUAAAAUAAAAUGUAUAUUUUUGGAGGAAAGGAAAACUUGAUAUAACCUUGUUGUAAAUUGUGGAUAUUUGAUUUCUAAUCAGAAGAAUGGAAUGAAGGAUAAGAAUGCAAAAUAAAUAAUAAUAACAUAUGUGUAGAAGGACAUAAUAGUUGUGUAUUUGUGCAAGGAGAUGUAACUAAACUCUAAAUUGAUUUUAGAUAGCAUCGAUGAUAGUAUUUGGUGGUUUUUAUACUGAUAAAGGAUAUGUAUCUUAAGUUCUUUAAUAUUCAAUAAAUGAGAAUGUGUGGACAAUUUAUUAAGAAUAACAAAAAACAAGUCCUUUAGGUAGAGCAGGAGCAGGUGCUGCAAUUUUAGGAAAUGAUUUAUAUGUUUUCGGAGGGUGUAAUUAUGAAUAAAGGUUUUCAGAUUUUUGGAAGUUUGAUCUCAUAAAUAAAAAAUGGGAACAAAUAAAAACUGAAAAGUCUCCAGGAGUAAUAUUAAAUAAUAUCCAUAACUUUAGUCACGAUCGUCUUCAGUUAUUGUAUAACAUAACUAAGGUUUGUAUUUAUUUGGAGGGAUUCAUGAUAUUACUCAUGAGAAAAAUGAUUUAUGGAUGUUUAAAAAUAAUGAAUGGGUUCUAUUAGAAGAAGAUAAUAGUAGAAGAUAAGUCAAUGAUGAUUUGAAUGAUUCUUUAGAUAAGGCAAGUUAGAGUAAACCAAAUAAAUAAAAAGAAAAAGCAAAAAAUUAAGAUAUGCAAAAUAGGACUAUAUUUUUAUUAGGUGAAGAUAGUGAAUUAAGAAGUCCAUAAAGAAGAGGCUCAUUAAAAAAUAUCACUUUGCCUGCUGGAAAUUAAAAGAUAAUUACAGAAUAAAAUAAUGUUUCAUAAGCUACAAAUAAUAUGGAAGAACUAAAAAAAAGAAGAUGGUAAUAAAAGAAAAUGUAAAUGCUGUAAAUAUUCAUAUAUAUUUUAAGAGCUGAAUUUGAAUUAACUGAGGAGGAAAAAUAAAAAUUCAGAAGUUCAUCCCCUACAACUGAAUAAAUUAAAAACUCUAUUAAUUUAAUAACCAAUUAAGAUAAAGGUGGAUAAAGAAAGAUUUCUUCUCCAGUUGGAAGAAAACAAUAAUAGACAUAGGCAUAAUUAAUAGGUAAAAAACCAUGUGCAAGAGAUGGACAUUCAGUUAUAGUAGCUGGAGAAUUUAUGAUUGUAUUUGGAGGAGAUCGUAAUCUAAUGUCAUUUAAUGACUUAUAUAUGUAUACCUUUAGCAACACAAAUAAACAAACAAAAUGA